AUGAAUGUAGUUGAUGAUGCUAAUCAGUUACAAGAAACACUAAAAAAUGAAGUUAUGUCCUUCUUCGAGUCAGCUCCAUUACUAGAGGAUGCUGCUGAAAUUGAUAAAAGCUUGAAGGAAUUUGUUGAUCACAAUACUUCAUCAUCAGUGAAUGAAAAAACAAACAGGGUAGUGUGUAUUACUUCAGGUGGUACAACUGUUCCUUUGGAAAAACAAUGUGUUCGUUAUAUCGACAACUUUAGCUAUGGUCAUAGAGGGGCUGCAUCCACAGAAUACUUUCUGACGGCCGAUUAUUCUGUAGUCUUUCUCUACCGAAGAGGGUCAUGCCAACCAUUUUGUAGUACUCUGCCUGAUGAUCCACCGCUAGAGUGUUUUAGUGUUGCUGAUGAUUCAAGUAUUGAAGUGGAUGCAUUGCAUGCCGAAAUAGUGAAGAGAGCCAUUACUGAAAGUCGCACUGCAGUUGCUGAGGGCAUCCUGUUGAAACUUCCAUUUACAACAAUUUUCGAGUAUUUGCAGAUUCUACAUCUAAUUUUCGUGUCUUUGAGGGACUUCGGGCUUAGUGCUAUUUUUUUCUGGCAGCUGCAAUUUCUGAUUUUUAUGUUCCGUGGGAAAGUAUGGUAA